ACUAUUACCAAAGAAAAAGUUCAUCUACCACUAUAAGAACAUGCGCUGGGCGAAAGGUCGACACGAGACGUACCUGUGCUUCGUAGUGAAGAGACGAGUGGGGCCCGACUCUCUGUCCUUUGACUUUGGACACCUCCGAAACCGCAACGGCUGCCAUGUCGAGAUCCUGUUCCUGCGUUACCUGGGAGCGCUGUGCCCUGGUCUUUGGGGGCUUGAUGCUGACGAGAGGAGACGACUCAGUUACUCCAUCACCUGGUUCUGCUCUUGGUCUCCAUGCGUCAACUGCUCCAUCAAACUCACACAGUUUCUCACAAAAACCCCAAACCUGCGUCUCCGGAUCUUCGUCUCAAGGCUUUACUUCUGUGACCUGGAGGAGAGCAGGGAGCGGGAAGGUUUGAGGAUGCUGAAAAGAGCCGGAGUGCAUAUAACAGUCAUGAAAUAUAAAGACUACUUUUACUGCUGGCAAACAUUUGUGGCGCGAAACCAGACGAACUUCAAGGCCUGGGAAGGACUUCACCAAAACUCAGUACGUCUGACCAGGAAACUGACUCGUAUCCUUCAACCAUGUGAAACAGAGGAUUUAAGAGAUGCCUUCAGACUUCUUGGGUUGUUGUGACAUAAAACUAGUAUCAAAUGGACCACUACAACGUCUGGAGUCGGUCCUGUUAUGUUUUCUGCUCAACUUUGUCCCAA